UCAUUUGCCACAAAUAUUUAAAAAUCUAUUUACAAACUUAACUUGGUGGAUCAAAAAUUCUGAGACAUGGCUAGUUUAUCAUUCAUAAACUUUACCUCAACCAUACUCCCAAUCACCAAUUGAGUGUACCGUUUUUGUGUUCACUCACAAUGGCGGGGACUCUCCAAAUGCUAUUCGUCAAUCCUCCGGCCACCGGAAAUUCACUGUACCUCUGCCGGCGUUUACAUCUUCCGACGACCCACUUCCCAUUUUCUGGCAACUUCCCUUCAAAAAUUAGCUACAGGUCGCAUCUUGGUUCGAAACUCGGUUCAUCCGUUAGAGCCAAUCUACAACAUUCAAAUAAGGGAAAUGGUUGUGGAGACAAUCUUCCACGGGCUACUGCAAAAAACUCUGAUUGGGUGAAACCACUUUCGGGUUUUGUAUCCAACAAUUUUUUGCCUUUAGCUUUAAUUGGUGGAGUAGCAUUAGGGCUUGCUAAUCCUACCCUUGGUUGUCUGGCUGAUAGAUAUUAUCUGUCCAAAAUUAGCACCUUUGGCAUAUUUAUAAUCUCAGGGAUCACAUUGCGUGGUGAUGAAGUAGGUGCCGCUGCUGAUGCUUGGCCUGUUGGGCUGUUUGGUCUUGUUUCUAUUUUGUUCUUCACUCCUCUUUUGUCGAAGAUUAUUUUGCUGCUAAAGCUUCAACCUCAAGAAUUUGUCACAGGGUUGGCUAUAUUUAGCUGUAUGCCUACAACACUAUCUAGCGGAGUGGCACUAACUCGUUUAGCAGGAGGAAACUCCGCUCUUGCGCUUGCAAUGACUUUACUAUCAAACCUUCUAGGAAUUCUGAUUGUACCUUUUUCGAUCUCCAAGCUCAUAGCUGCUGGGGUUGGUGUGUCUGUUCCAGCUGAGCAGUUGUUCAGAAGCCUUGUUCUCACACUUCUAGUUCCUCUUAUCAUAGGGAAGGCUUUACGAGAAUGUUUCAAGGGUGUGGCUGAGUUUUCUGAUCGAAAUCGUAAGCUUUUAUCAAUGAUGAGUUCUCUCCUCCUCAGUUUGGCACGUUGCAAUUUAGGAGGAAUCAAAGAGAGGACAUCAAUUCAAAUCAUGGAUUUUCGAAUUGACAAUGAUCAAGAUCCUCCGACAUCUAUAUAUAAAUGCUGGUUUAUCAAGAAUACACAAGAAAAACACUUUGAAUUGUUGAUUAAUCGUCUGAGGUCGCUUUAUUGAGUAACAUGCUAGUGAACCCCAUAAUACAAUUAAGUAAUCCAGUCAAAGUUUGUUAUCACAGAGCUUUUGCUAAGUUUGGGGAAUUUUUCCGGCGUGAUGUUUAAAUCCUAAUUACUGAUCCUAUCUCAUUUUGGGAGCAUCAGAGAGCUCCUUUCUAUUAUAGUAGAGAUAUAAAGUGUGUUAAACUGAAUAUUUUUUUUAUUAACAAGUCAGAUCAAGGGGGCAGUAAUAUAAAGGAAUUAUUUUUUAUAAUCUAAUUGUUGGAGCUGAGAAGUUUCCAGUUACAGGUAACUGCCAACAUACACUGGUCUUAAAGGAAAAUGGGUUAAGUAAGUUAGGAAGGAGGGAGUAGACUUUGUACCAUGAAUCCCCGCCUCGCAUGCUUUAAAGAUGCACUCAAGAUCUUCUGCCGUUCUUUGGCAUUAAGCAACUUCAGUCUUCAAAUGUUUUCUGAAAUGACAAUGGUGAUUCUCAUAUCUUUGUUUAUUUUUUGUUAUGGAAUAGGAAAGCAGGUUUGUAGUUGAUUUUUGGUAUGAGCUGUUUAUGCUCCCCCCCCUCCCCCAAUGCAUUUAAUUCAUGAUAGCUGCUGACGUCGAGGAAGUGUCUUUAUUGAACUGACUGCCAGAAUGUUUAUUUUGACAAAAUUUUGUGUUCCCAUCAUACUUUAGCUUCAGUUGUUUUGUUUUGUUAAAAAAUUUAAAAAGCACGGCCUGAUAUCUAGUUUUUUG